AAACCUAGACGCUGUUUUUAACCGUCACUUGUUCACAAACAAACAAAUGUUUAAAUAAAAAGUUAUUACUGACAUAAAAAAGUAUAAAUAAUAAAACAAAUAAUUAUCCAACAAGUUUUUUUAUAUAAAUAAUAAAUUAAAAAUUAAAAAAAAAUGAAGUCUUCACGAAUGAAACCCCCGGUGUCAGCUAAGAAACCAUCGACGACAUCCAAAGAUCCAGUUCAAGUUUACUGUAGGAUUCGCCCGAUGCAGAAUCCAACAGACGUGUCAUGUAUGAAAAUAAUCUCCGACCAAACGAUACUGAUAACUCCACCAGAGUCAUCAGUUAACUUCCGCAAUGCCAACAGCAAGGAAAUCCAGACGACGUUCACUAGAGUAUUUGGUCCAGAUACAAAACAACGUGAUAUAUUUAAUUUAACAUCUCUACCACUUGUUGAAAAUCUCAUCCACGGUAAGAAUGGUCUUUUAUUUACUUACGGCGUAACCGGAAGCGGGAAAACCUACACGAUGACCGGAGAGCCGCAGGACGGGGGAAUAAUGCCGCGAUGUCUAGAUGUUUUGUUUAACAGCAUCAGCAAUUAUCAGGCGAAAAAAUUUGUGUUUAAACCUGAUAAAUUGAAUGGGUUCGAUGUCCAGAGUGAGACUGAUGCGAUGCUGGAUCGUCAGAGUGAAAUGCACGCCGGGUUGAUGACACCAUCGCGCAAUGCAAAUGGGAAAUUCAAAAUCAGGCGGCAGGACAGUGACAGCGACAGCAACCCGAUGAUUCCUCGGGAGCCAGACGAGUCUCAGGUGCUGAAUGUUGACCCGGAUAAUGCUUACGCUGUUUUUAUAACGUACGCGGAGAUUUAUAAUAACAGUGUCUACGAUCUGCUGGACGAUGGCGACCCGCGAGUCAAGACGAUGCAGAGCAAAAUAGUCCGCGAGGACGGAAACAAAAAUAUGUACGUCCACGCGGUGACGGAGGUUGAAGUCAAGAGUGCUGAUGAGGCUUUCGAAGUAUUCCAGCGGGGACAGCGUAAACGCCGGGUUGCGCACACGGCCCUCAAUGCUGAGUCUUCUAGGUCCCACAGUGUCUUCACGAUACGGUUGGUCCAGGCACCGCUUGACUGCGAUGGUGAGAAUGUUAUCCAGGAUAAAAGAGUGAUUUGUAUCAGUCAGCUGUCUCUGGUUGAUCUUGCUGGCAGUGAACGCACCAACAGGACUAAAAAUACCGGGAAGAGACUUAAAGAGGCGGGUAAUAUAAAUAACUCACUGAUGACAUUGCGAUCUUGCCUGGAAAUUUUGCGGGAAAAUCAAACUCAGAGCACAAAAAAACUUGUUCCUUAUCGAGAUUCAAAGCUGACGCAUUUGUUUAAAAAUUACUUCGACGGCGAGGGCAAGGUCAGGAUGAUUGUCUGCGUCAAUCCACGUGCUGAUGACUAUGACGAAACGAUCCAGGUCAUGAAGUUCGCGGAAAUGACUCAGGAGGUACAGGUGUCAAGGCCACAGGCUAAUAAAUUGGAUCUGGGAUUCACUCCGGGAAGGAGACAAGCCAAUAAAAUAUUUAAGGAGGCGCGAAGUCGUUUGGAGAAAGAGGGCCGUGAUGUUGGAGACCUGGACAUUGAUUUGGGACUCGUUUAUAGUCUUGGUGGAUCAUUCCCUGACUUUGAUAUCAACAAUCCUCAUGACGACAGUAUUAUUACAACGUUGAUGCAGUUCUUGGAGCAGAGAAUCAACAAACGUAAUUUAUUGCGCAGUGAUCUUGAAAGAAAACAAAAUGAAUUUCGUAAAAUGCUGGUCAAUUUGGAGCAGGAUAAUAAUUUUUAUAAAAAUGAAAAUGUGUCACUGAAGGCAGUCAACGCCCAGCAGAAGAAAACUCUUGAUGCUUUGGGUAAUCAUAUUAAUAAAACAGAGUCUCAGAUUAAUAGUUUGCUGAGAAAACUUAAUAGUGCCAAUGAAACCAUAAAAAGUCUGCAGCAGGAGCUACGGGACCGUGAUCUGGCUUUGAAUCAGCGGCUGAUUGAUAAGCAGAAGGUCAAGCAGAAGUACAACACCAAGAUGCAGAUGGAGACUGACAAAAUGAACAGGGAGUUGGAGAACCGACUGAGACAACAGCGUCUGCAUCUUCAUAAUCAGAUGAAAGAUAAAGAAGACAAGUUGAAGAAAGUUAAGCAGAUUCUUGACAACGAAGAGAAUUUUGUGAUUGACUCGGCCAAGGAUUCUGCUGAAAAAGAAGUCAUGAGCGAUGGAAAAGAAACUGUUGCUGAGCGAUCCAGGCGUGACACCAGAGUUGCUGUUGCCAAUUUGAGACACAGAAGAUCUCAGAGUGCCGACAGGUGGAUUGAUCACCGACCUGGUGCUCUCGUGCCCAUCGGUACCAUCCUCCAGCCGCUGAUGCGCCGGAGAAGGAGCGUCUCCAAGUUAACGAGUCCCAAGGAAAUAACUGACGGAGCUUCUCGGUACUGUCUGAUGGCACAGGAGCAGGACACUGACGGGGAACUGGAGACAAAAUUAUACAAAGCUGAUAUUGUCCCCACCAGCGGUGGUGGUGCUCAGGUUGUUUUCAAUGACAUCGAGUGUCUGAAACAGCUGUCACCGACCAGCUGCCGCAAACGCAGUGGAAUUGACAACAAAGAAAAUGCUGAUGAAUUAAUUACUGAUAAAAAGAGACCGCGUGUUAAUAAUUAGUUAUUAUUAAUUUAUAAUUAAUUUUUUGUUUUUAGAUCUAUUAUUAUUAUUUAAUUUUUUACAUGACAAUUACUUAAUUUUUUAUUUUAAAUACGAUGUUUAAUUUUUUGUUGUUCAGUUUUAUUUUUGGUGGCAAAAAAUAUUUUAUAGUUUUGAUAAAAUUAAUUUUUAAAAAUAUGCUUUUAAAAUUUAAAAGCGGGCAUUUAAUUAUUUUUGUUUAAAAGCAAAUUAUUUAAAAAAAAA